UGCACUUUGAUCAGUCAAUAUUUUGAUAUACAUAUUGUUAAUUACAUGUAUACAUUGUACGUGUAAUGACUCAGUUAUACUUCUCAGUGCAUUAAUUGUAGCAGAACAAUGACAAGGGCAAUAUUUGGUCCUGUCAUGUGAAUACUUUGGUGAAAUUGGGUUAUACCCAUACCUUAAUCAUGUGAUGGCCGCCUACUCGAUUACUCAUUCAUUCCAGUGAAUCGGACGCAUAGACAAAAUAUUACAAAUCAGCGAUUUCUGUUGGAUUUCAGAUGUCAAACUUUAAUCAUUGAAUAUUGAGCGAGGAAACUGUAUGCUUAUAUGUUAUCUGGACUUUUAUGCAUUAUUGCUAGCAUCCGUCUGAAGUUGGAUUGGAUUGUUGUGGAUUACGUCAGCAAUCAUGCGUAAUGUUUUGUGAGGUCAUCAAUGAGUCAAGCUGUGGUGCACACUAUUAUUCGUAGAAUUGGCAUACAUGUGUACCAUCUAGCCAAGAAAUUCAUUCAGGAAGCACAGUAACAGCGCAUCGUUUCACAAAGUCCGUUCUAAAAUGUGUAGCCCGGCCUGGCAAUGUUGAGCGUGGAUUCAGUUUUUGAAGUCUAUUGAUCACUGAUCUGUGAUCAAUUACUUCUCGGUGUUACAUACAUGUACCGGUACCCAAUGCACGCAAGAACAUGUAGAGGAUUUUUAAUAGGUUCUGCGGUUCAUGUACAUAUAACUCUAUGCACCUUUGCACCAUAACUUUUGUUCAAACCACCAAGAACUAUGUCUUUUUAUCCUGUUCAUCAUGUGCAACCUAUGAGAGUGGCAUGGUUUCCUUCGAGGACUUCCCCACGGACCAGGGACCUAUCUGGAUCCUGGGGAAGAAGUAUGAUCUGAGCCAGCACCAGCUGGAAGCAAGGCUAGAUGUCCUAUCCAGACUAUGGUUCACAUACCGUAAAGGCUUCUCAAAUAUAGGCGGAACAGGGCCAACGACAGACCAAGGCUGGGGAUGCAUGCUACGAUGCGGUCAGAUGAUGCUAGCCCAGGCUCUAGUCUACAAACAUCUAGGCAGAGAUUGGAGAUGGAGACCUCAGGAGCAAGACGAGACAUACCUCAAAAUUCUUCAACUCUUCCUCGAUAAGAAAGACAGCUGUUUCUCAAUUCACCAAAUAGCUCAAAUGGGUGUUGGUGAGGGUAAGAAGGUCGGUGACUGGUUUGGACCAAACACGGUGGGUCAGGUCAUUAGGAAACUCUCUCCCUUUGAUUCCUGGAGUGAUCUGGCUGUUCAUGUGGCCCUCGAUAACACAGUGGUCAUUGAAGACAUUAGGAAGCUGUGCACAGUGAAUAGUACUACAGAAGAGACGAGUAGCGAAGGAUCAAAGACCGGCAGUGAGAGGAGAAAACGUACAUCGUCCUCGGAGAACAUUAGACACAAAAUGCAGCUCAGCCCCGAGAAUACAAACAUUCAAUUACCCAAUGGACUCAUGGAGGGGGCGUGUGUCUCCCCCGGGGGCGUGUCGUGGAGGUCGUUGUUUCUAAUAAUUCCCCUCAGACUUGGACUGAAUGAGAUAAACACUGUGUAUAUGCAAAGACUCAAAAGAUGCUUCACGUUACCGCAGUCGUUAGGGGUGAUAGGAGGGAAACCAAAUCAUGCGCAUUACUUCAUCGGGGUACUUGGUGAUGAGAUGGUAUAUCUUGAUCCACACACAACACAGCCAGCUGCAGACAUCGACAAAUGGGCCUUUCUACAAGAUGAGAGCUUUCAUUGUGAACACGCUAGUAGAAUGCCUAUCAAGAACCUAGAUCCUUCCAUAGGCUUGGGUUUCUACUGUCACUCUGAGGAUGAUUUCAACAGCUGGUGCCGUAACAUACAAUAUGUAAUAUCAGAUGGUGAUCUGAGUCCGAUGUUUGAGUUAACUGAAACAAGACCCAAGCACUGGCCUCCCUUUGAGCCCAACAGUGCCUCAAUAGAACCCAGCUUUGAAAUUCGUGACUGUGAGUACCCAGACGAGGAUUUUCACAAUAAUUCAGACGAGGAGUUUGAGUUCCUAUGAUGAAUGUCCACCUGACAUGAGUGUCAACAAACAAACAUGAACCAAAAUUAUGAUUUCUUCAUGUCUCAGUGACUAAAACAGGCAACAGGGAGACGUGAGUGGGUCUAGCGGUACGCUCACUUGGUCAGCUCACUGUCUUCACCUACAAACUGGCUCAGGCGAAGCCUGGUUCUAAACUGAGUCUUUUGGGAUGGUGACGUUAAAGAUCGGUCCCAGACGUAAAUAAUCAUGUCUGUAAAAACCUAAUUACAUAUGUACCAAAACAAGCUGCAAAUAAUCCACCAAAAGAGGGAGCUAGUCGGUUGGAUUGCCAAUACAUGAGAAUGUGAAUGCCGGGAAGAAGCUGUUCCUUGCUCUGUUCAAAGGAAAUCCUUCAGUUGCAGAGAGACCUCCUUGUGGCAGUUCGCCUUUCUGAGCUUAGUGUCAACGGGUGGAUGAACUGUCAUGAAGUCAUCUCCAGAACAUCAUGUAUGUAAACUAAAAGCUUACCCAUCAAGAGUCGUUUGUUUGUCUGUGUGGUUGUCUACUGAGAAGAACCAAGGAACACUAGGUCAUGAAAUUUGGUCUUGUGAAGAAUAGCGUAACUAGUUGUCUGGAGAUUAAAACCUUCAGCCUCAUAAACUUUUGGCUUCUGAAUCUACAUUAUCCUUUUACCUGCUGUCAAUGGGAAAUCGACCCUUUCAAUUAAAUGACCUCAUGACCUUUUCAACCAAGGUGAAGGACUGUAGUUCCAUGACAGUCCAGUCAUGUACACGUUUCCUAACUAACAUUAUUGCAUUACAUAAAUAUUAUUACAUACUACUGUAUAUUUGUUAUUUUUUAUUAUCAGUGGCAAUAGUUCAAUAAGUUGGGAGUAUUAGCUCCAUUUAUUUCAUACUGGGGAUCAAAAAGGAGUGCUAUAAUAUAUUAGGCUUAUAUAAUUCAUUAUUUAAAAAAGCUACAAUUCCUGUUUAUUUUACAUUUACGAUGUAUACACCACUUACAAGUAUCUUUUUACGUGUACAAAUUUCUAGAUUUCAUGAGUUGCAUUUAUUUGUUUGUGAUUCAAUGCUCAACAGUAUACUUUUGGGCUAUAACGCAAUUUUGAAAAAAAGAACUCGUUUGUCCGCACGCACAUACUUGCAUGUCUAUUGGGUUGAAAGGAGGAGAUUUUGACAAAAUGAAUUGCUACUGUGCUGAGCAAAUGGUGGGCUCCUAUUUCACGAUCAUGCCAUUAUUUACAUAUUACAGAUUUAUUUAACCAUUUAAUUAUCAAAUUCUGUGCAGACUGCUCUACAUGUACUUAACAUGUCCAUGCUAAUGCAACACAUGCUUUAGCAACUACAUGUUCUCCGUGGUUGAUAUCCCACUCUCUACACCCUUCAUAUUUCUGACUUCAACCCAAUACUAACAAAUAAUCCAACCCUAACCGUAACCCUUAUAAACCCAACCCAACACUCAGUUGCAACUCUAACCCUUAAUCUACUUGUAAAUCUUUGAUUGGAAAAACUGUGUGGAGCAGUUGCCUCUUUGCCAGAGCAUAUGUUGAAACAGGGGUCGGGUCAGCCAUGUGUAUGCUAUGAAAUUUUGAAGUUGUGAUCUUUCUAACACAAAUUGGCAACUAUUUAAUUUUCCUUGCAAGCAGCUUUCCAUUUAAUUUCCACCAAAAAAAAAAGAAAUUCCAUCCAAUUUUUGUUUCUUGUAUGUACAAUAUAUGCCCUAGAUAUAUACUAUUUGAGAUAGUAUUUACUAAUGUCAUUCUAUCAACAGCUAUUUAAGAGGACUAUACCCAAAGCAUUUAAUCCCUGUAUUCCAAAGGAGCAAUUUUUAAUUGAACUAACAUGUAUGAAAUGGGUAGAGGUUGCCAAUAUUGCUGAAUUAAUAAAGUGCUGAAAUCGGGACAUAUUUACUAUGGUAUAAUAGAACAUACAUGUUCAAUGAUUUCUUUGCAUGUGUGCUCUUUUUUCUUUUCUCCUUGUUAUGUGGAAGUGUAGCAGGUUACGAGUAUGAAAACAAAUUAACAAAGUACAACAUAUACAAUUAUACAUGUAUCUAGGGUUUUUCUGUAACGUCUAUAUUUAUAUGGAUAUUAUCAUAGACUAAUCUAUGAAAGAGUAGUUAUGUUUACUGCUAAGUAAUUGUUAGUACUUGUCAAUCUGUAGAAAUUUCAUGUUCCAUGUUCAAAUUAGGGUUCAGUAUGAACGUCUCAUUUUCUCCCAACAUAAUCUGAAUAAUUAGUAGGCCUACUGUACCUGUUUUGGUCAUUUUGCGGCAAAAGCCUUCCUUAAUGUGGGCCACUCAUGAAAUUUUCACAAAUUUCAUGCAGGCCAAAGUUCCAGGUCUGACAGUAUACAUAGACUGUACUUGUAAAGUGUACAUGUACAUGUAUGCGUGUUAGCAGCAACAUUUUAACAUUCUGUUGCUAUUUUUAAUAUUAAGUAUUGCCUUUGAUAUUUGUUUUGAAAUUUUAGACCGAUGUAAUUAUUGAAUUAACCUAUUUAAAUGAACAAAUUGUAUAUUCUAUAUAUUUUGAAUAUAAGUUUUAUCAUUGCAUAAUCUGAAUAAAUUUUCAUUAACAUAA